AUGGUCAAAUACGUCCUUACAGGAGCAACGGGUGCCCUCGGGUCACAGGUGUUCAAGUACCUCCUCAGACUUGUCCCAGCCUCCGAUGUCAUUGUGUCCUUGUACAACCCCGCCGGGGCGACAGCCGAAAUCACGAAUUCUGGUGUCGAGAUUCGCCGCGGCAACUAUAGCGAACCCACCUCGCUGGAUGCCGCGUUUGCUAGCGCAGACAAGCUCCUCCUCGUCUCCUACCCGAGCAUCGCGCACGCAGAGCGCGUCGCGGCCCACAAGAACGCUAUCGACGCGGCCAAGCGUGUUGGGAUCAAGCACUUGUACUACACCUCGCUCGCGUUCGCUUCAGACAGCAAGGCCGAGGUCAUGCAAGCGCACCUGGACACGGAGAAGUACCUAAAGGAGAGCGGGCUGACGUAUACCAUCAUAAGGGAGGGGAUCUACAGCGAGAGUUACCCGCUCUACUUUGGGUUCUGGAGCCCUGCGGAGGAGAGCGACGAGGUGCUUGUGCCCUACAGUGACGGAGGGAUUGCUUGGGUGUCGCGAGAAGACCUCGGAGAGGGCACUGCCAAGAUCAUGGGCGGAUAUGAAAAUGAGACCCGCCUACUUUCGGGCUCACAAUCGAUCACUCUCGCGCAGAUCGCGGAGAAAGUCUCACAAAUCGUCGGGCGUAACCUCAAACUCGUCAUCGGCACCGAGGACGAAUACGUUCGGCGAAACCGCGGCAAGCACGGACCUCGAGGAGAGGAGGAAUUCCUGCGGAAAUGGGCAACGACGUUCAAAGCGCUCCAGAGAGGCGAGUUGGACGUCGUGGACCCGUUACUGCAGCAGAUUCUUAGGAGGCCCUUGAAGCCAUUCGAGGAAAGCUUGAAGGAGGUUUUGGACAUCCAUCGGUCAGUGGUGGAUCGAUAUGCCAAAUAG